UAAACAUAAUGAUGGCGAGCUGUCCUUAACCGAUUUCCCUCGGUCCACUCUAUCAGCUUUCUAAUUGAGCAGGCGAUAUUUGCUGCAGUCAGAAACCCCAAAUCCUUUGAAUUCUAUCAAGUCGACACACGCGAUAUACUACAUUACCUCUGUCCUCCUCCAGGUCUGAUAUGGACACCCCUCCGAUGACCUUGACUUGCGCUCAGUGCGCUCGGAAGUUGGGUGAUCUCGUGGCACAACUCCCUGUCAAUGACAUCGAAGAAACAUGGAAAGAAGUCGAGUUGACCGCCCAGCAACUAGCAAACGGGCUUCGUGUUCGAGAUGGUCCUGAGGAUAAUCACACGAUGUUGGGGAAAAGUUUACUACCUCAGAAUCUCACCACUUUACUCGGCAGUGCGUUGAAUGGUACACUUAUCCCGGGUGCUAGUCGCACAGCACCUGUCUUUGAGAUUCUUCGUGUUGGCGCGAACCUCUGCGUGGAGCACGACCAGAACAGGGGGCACCUCCUCGAGGCAGGUUUCCCCCAGGCCGUCGUAUCCUUGCUUGAAGGCUACACAGACACCAUUCCCGAGGAACCUCAGAUGGAUCCGUUUCCCAUGUCCAUUGCACAUUUGCAGGUUGUGAAGACUGCUGUCGGAGUCCUACUGAACGCUACACUGACAUAUGAACCAGUGAGAAACCGUCUCACAUCGCUAGAGGUUGCGAAGACGAUUGUCCGGCUAUCAACAGCCCUCUACCCUCCCGCUGCGUGGAUGAGAACUACAUCUAACCUUUAUCCUCCUGAAACAUCUCCAGAUGACAUUACUUUUGACCGUAUCUCCGAAUCUUGGGCUAUAAGAGCCGGACUGUCGAGUUGGGCAGGAAGGUUAAUAUCAGAACUUCAAGAUGAUGUACACCCUCUGUUCUCCCAAGAGGUGUUACCAUAUCUCGUCCAAUCGCUCAUCGCCUUCACGCCGCCACUCUUGGCUGCAUCUCCUCCCCCUCACUUCGCGCAACCUUCUCAACUACGGACAACUCUCCUCAAUACAGAUUUUGACCUUCUCUCGGAGUCAUGCUCUCACCUUGAGUCAUCAGCUCUUGACGUGGCGGACGUGCGUCUUUCGCUGGCACGCGGCUUUACAUUUCCCGCAGAGCAUCACGAUAUUCCCUGUUUUUCUGCGAUGCUCGACUUUGUUGAAAAGGGAGGAUAUGCACCAUUAUGGUAUGUCCAGUCCGAGAAUGGUCUCGAAGGCGGGGACGUCAGUAAGAAAGAGAAGGCUUUCGAUGACUGCAAGGCUGCAGUAAUCAAAGCCGUCGUAGAAGUCUCUGGAGAUGACAGGAAUCUCGAUAUACUGUGGGAUGACUCAGACGAUACACGGCCAGGAGGGGAGUUUGUGUCACGAAUGAUUGACUGGAUCAGAUCGUUCGUCAGCGGCGGGACUUAUGGCAAUGAGAGAGACGACCUUGUCAUUUGUGCCACUUUAUCUCUGGGUAACAUAACGCGUGGAGAAUCGCACUCAACAAUUCUGCUCUCUCAGCCAUACGACAUUGCUCGACUCCUCUCGUCGGACGCUCUGCUUGCUCCAUCCACUGAUAUCAAACUGAAGCACGGUGUCAUUGGUCUAUUGAAACACUUAGCACAGUCCUCAUCUCAGAUGCCAUCCAAUCGUGCAACCCUCAGCGCUGCUGGUGUCAUCCAACUCAUACUUAGGAGCGGCGUUUGGGAUGAUAGAAGUGAUUUCAUGCUUGACAUAGUCCAGGUGAAUGCCAUCGGUGUUGUUAAGCAUCUGUGCAACAACAGUGUGGAUAAUGCCUGCGUGUUUAUACUAGAACCAGUGGAAGGCCAAGACCCUCCUUCGACAGGUCUAUCUCAGUUACUUGCCCUUGUCAAGCGCUCCGACACAAGCACCCGGAUCAUUGUGAACUUGAUCAGGUCGCUCUGGACAAACGAGCGUAGAGAUGAAAUAAGCAACGAGGAGGAGCUACAAGCCAGACAGCAGAAGCGGGUGAGAGCCAUGGAUGCUUUGCUCACUCCAGCGUGCGCAGAAGCUCUGGCUGCCCUUAUCGGUAGAAGCGCCAAGCAUCUCAUUCUCAUCAAUGAGGGCGUGGUAGCAUCAAGUCUACUGAGCAUGCAUCGCGACGGAGGUGCAUUAGUUCUGAAUGCCUUGACUACUCCACUACCAGUAGAAGUGACGCCGUCUUCAACGGGGUCCGCCCCGGUGUCUACAACGACUUCUGUCGCUAGUGAAACCAUGGACUCCCCGAUCAUCCUUUCUCCGACGGGCACGUCCAAUAAAAUACCAUCUGUUCGACAUGCUCUCGAUCAGCUUAUCGUCUCUUUGAAGAGCGAGUCCACUCCUGCCGAGGUCCGAACAAACAUAUGUGCUUUCUUUGGCCAGAUCAGUAAGCGUGGAACCGGAGAAGGACUUCAGAGGCUGAAAGAGGCCACGAGACCAAUUCUAGAAGAGUUGGUCAGUGUUCACGGACACAGUAUGCUCGGGAGCGCCGCGAAGAGGGUGUUGGAUAUGUGGAUAUCGGAGUGAACUACGCUUGGAAUAUGAAUGGAAUGGUAGAUGUUAUCAAUGUAUUUUUGCGUGUUUUCUAGACUAUAUGAGUUUAUGAGUUGCAUCGUCAGAAAUAAAAAAAGAUCAAGAGUUGAGUUGCUGAAUAUGAAUGCUACACCCGACGCUCAGUAGGAGCGUAAAAUCGCUGAGCUUAAUGCCUGGGGUGAAGAGAUUUCUCUGCCGUCCUGCAUAACCUCCGUGUCAUGAGGAAACUUACUACUUUAAUUCGGGAGAUCGAACAGGAUGGG